UACAGCAUACCUCGACUACUACGCCUCAUAAUAACCUACUUGGAUUCUUGAGCCCAGCUCAGCUUCAGUUAUGGAGACCCAUGCUCUCAAAAGAAUUCCAGCUAUGAAUAUUCUUACUUUUUCCUAGAGUGCGUACUUCAUUUGAAAUGCGAGAGUACUUGUCUCUUACUCAGUUCGUAGCUGAUUUUCGACUGAUGCUGGAGAAUUGUUACCGAUACAAUGGACCAGAUAACUAUAUAUCUAAGCGAGGUCAACGGCUGGAGACUAUGUUUGAACAGAAAUUAGCAUUAUUACCAAGGGACUUAAGGGAGAAAACCACUGUCAAAGCAACAUCUGGUCACUGUACACCUGAAGAUAUUGCUGUUGUUGCAGGGUUGAGGAGACGCACCCGGGCUGUUGCACCCCAUGAUUCUUCAGCACUGUUAAAUCAGUUGCGUCAUGAAGAGAUAGCCAAGGAGAAAGAAGCUCGUAAGCAGCAGAUUGAAGAGAAACGAGCGGCACAGGAGGCUCACGUCCAGGAAGUUAAUGAUUGGGAAGACAUUCUCUUGGAGCAACCUCUGCUCUCUCAGAUGAAAGCCAUGUGGGAGCUCCCCCAAAUUGGCCAUUUUUUAUUCUUGUGCCAAGAACCAUUGUAUUUGGCUGAAGUUCCUCAAUAUGAAUUAGAACGGUGCUUUUUGAUGACACGUGAGAGUACAACUAUGCAACGAAUAAUGAGCUCUUUGCUUAGCACACCUCAUCAAAGAAGCAAACUUCAUAAUCAUCGUUACCGGAUGCCUUACAGGGUUUGGGAAGAAAAAUUACGACAGAAGGUCAAGAAUUGGUAUGAUGUACUUGAAGCUUAUAAUGGUGAUACUUAUAAGGCAGCUGAAAAAUUAGGGCUUGAUCCAUUUGCCUAUAAAGUAAUGGGCAAAAGGAAUCCACUUAAAAAUAAGAAAUAUCACCAAUUAAGCUUUUACAGGAAAGUGUGGGUGAUGAAAAGUAUCUGUGAUGACAUAUUGGAACACCAAGAACCUCUGCGUGAGGCAAUAGAACUGCAAGCUCCAGAAGAACAAAGGGAAUAUAACCUUGGCCGCGAUGCCGAGGGUAACAUAUACAUUCAUUUCCCACAAUUUUGUGGUGCCGACUUACGGGUCUACAAACACAUACCACAUCCGAACCAGUUUCCUCAAAAUGACGACGACACAUCAACCCAGGAGCCACCAGAGGAAAUGGAUUCGCUGAAGGAGAAAAACAAAGACGAAACAGCUUUUGAGGAAGAUGAUGACAGCAAUUUAAAAUCUCGUCCCCAAAAAAAGAAACGUAAUAAGGCUCAAGUUUCCACAGAAAUCAUAUCCCCUCCUUCGUCACGUCCAAGUAGAUUGAGACAAAAAAUCAAAACUGUUCUGCCGCCAACAGUAAUCUCCAGUGAAGAAGAAGACUCUGAUUACAGCUUUGAAUCUCUCCAUAAACUUGGUGCCCCUUUGCGUAGAGGGCGAAAGAAAAGGCGUACUCUUGACUGGUCAAGGAAUUGUUUUUUAGAUCCCUGGGGUUCUCCUAUAAACUAUCUUUCAAAUUAUCGCAAAAACGGCGCCUACCGAAUGCCUACGUACCUCAAACAUCUGAACAAUUUGAAAUUUAACACUAAAGACAGACUAUCCAAUGGUGCUUCAGUUUUAACUGACCAAUGCAAAAUAAAGUGUGAAAGUAAGAUAGACUGUAAAUGCCUGGCAGAUUCUAACCACUGUAAGGUAGAAUCUGAAGGAGAUUCUUCUUCAAACAGCUGCCAUUGUAAACAUGAAGAACAAUCUGAAAGUAACACAGCUUUGUCAGAUUAUAAACUUAGCAAUGGAAUGGUUAAGCAAGAAUCUGGUUCUCAUGAUUGUCAAAGUGGUGUGAUGUGUUGUGCUGCAGAGGUAAAGAGUGAAUGUAAACCAGUGAUGGGUAAUUUUUGUGGUCAAGAAGAGGACGAUCAGAGAAUCAAGUCAGUGUCUUUUAUUAAACAAGAACCAUUGUAUAACAAGGUGGCUUUUAAACAGAGGCCGGAGAAGUUAAAGGGGAAAAGGGGCCCGAAGCCUUUCGGUUUGAAAGGCCGAAGUAAAAUGGACUUUAAGAAACCGCAUGUGAAAACGAAAGUUGCACAAGAUAAACUCAAUGGUGAUAUUGAUAGCAGUGUGAAAGAAGAGAGUGAAGAGGAAUCGGAUGUUGAACUGGUACCUGAUACAAACGAGUUUGAACUGAUUGUGGAUAGUGUGGAAGAACUGAGGGAUCUUGUUGCCAAAUUUGCAGCCCAAGAUUCCUCAUCUGGCUCCAGAGGCAGGAAACAGAAAGUGAAACCUCCUGCUCGUAAACGAUGUGUCAUUGAGCUGCACUCUCGUCUUAAUUACCUGCUCAAAGAACUGGAACCUUGGGAAGCGAAACUCAUCCAGGCCAACCGGCGAGCACGAAGGAAAAUGAAACGAGAGCAAGAAUCUUUCAAAGAAGAACAAGUUCGUCCAGCUCGUAAAGAAUUAAGGAAUUCUCGUUCAUCUCAUGGCAGCAAUUCUUCAGCUGGUAAAAGCACAUUCAGUGAGAGAACUCAAACCAACUCAACACCAAGUUCCAAAUUGAGGCCCUCGACAUUAAGCAAGAGAAACAGAGGAACCCUUUUGUCAUCAUCCACCUCAUUGUUGCCAAUCAUCGAUGAUGAUUAUCCUGAUGUAAGUUCAAGAGGACGAUUGCGCAAACGUAGAAUCAUCCCAAACAAUAUCGAGACUGAUUUAAACCCAAAGAAAAGAAGACUUUCCAAAGAUAACAGUUCUGACUUGAUGCGCGGUAAGAAAACCCCAAACUCUGCAAAAGGGGUGAAGAGCGUAGAUCAGUCCACUACAACAUCCGUAACAAAUAGUAGUAGUAUUUCCGUUGCCACUGCUGCUACUAUCAGUAAGGUUAGUGUGGCUGGAUUGAUUACUCAAACAGGGGUAAAUGUCAGUGGAUCGGAGGGCAACACAGUAUUGACAACAGUUGCGGCACUUGGCAAGUCGUCGGGAAUCAAACAAACCUCCUACCCGGUCAUUCACCAGCUGCUGUCCAGCCGUCACAACACCUCUUACACGACUGCACAAGUCUCAUCGACACCGGUCACUAUCAUGAAAACGGUUUCUUCAAAGACAAUUACCAUGCAGCCAUUGGCCAGUAAUUCUGGAACCAAAUUUAUAACGAAAAUCAGUCAUGAUUCUGGACAGAAGCUUAAUCAACAGACUGUAAACAUAAGCAACAAUAGCGGCACUGCCCAGGGCGGCACUGCCCAGGGCGGCACUACCCAGGGCUGCACUGUAAACAAAGUUCAGUAUUAUACUCAUCUUUCAAGUUUACCUCCACAAAUAAUACAGCAACUUCUGAAGAAUGUCAAUUCUGGUGAUGGGGCUGCUGGCAAAGUUGGUCACACGUUUGUGUUGUCAUCUGUCAACCAAGCGAAUAAUGUUGUCCUUUCACAGAAGCCUGCCGCUACUACUCAGCCUGAUAAAACCAGAGUUAACCUCAUGGCAAACUUUGUUACCAACCAACCUAUUUCCAGCACAAAAACAAGCCUUAAUUCAACAGUAGAGACUGUCCAGUCCACAUCUUCAGCCACUGCUCCAACCACAGUGGCCAGCAAUGUCACUCACAACCCAAAUAUCAUGCAUACAGUUCUUCAACCACAGUUCCAGGUACUUUUAAAUCCAGCCUCACAGUCAUCUGCUUCAAAGACCUCUGUUGUGAGUUUGGCUCAGAACCAAUCAAAAACUGCUGUUAGAACACACCAAGGGCCUGUAUAUGUUAUUUCUAAGCCAGGCAUUGCUUCACAGAUCCUUGGUGCAACAACAAAACUGAUUGCAAACACCCCAGUGAAUAGUGCUCAGUGUUUGUCUAGUCCUUCAUUAAAACUUGGCAAUGUCAUUGACCAGUCAUACAGCAGUCAUAACACCCCAUCUAAAGCAGUCUCUUCUAGUAGCAGCACAAUUCAAAAUAUUAAUCCGAGAGAAUCGAAACUGACCAACAUGAUAAUUGGCUUAGACAAUCAAACUGCAUUAUCUCAAAAUCCUUUGCUUAGCCAAUCUGUAGCUCUUGAUCCUCACCUGGUCACAACUUCAAAGACGAAACUAACGAAAUCACCCGGCAAAUAUGCCUGCAAUGUGACAGUUAAAAGCUUAUUGGAGAGUCGUGCUGCUAAGAAAGUUAAUGAGGAUGUACUUGAAAAUGCUUUGAUCACCACUGAAAGUCAGGUGACUGCUACUCAGAUGACUUCUGUAAUUAACCAGCCUCUCAGUACUACCGAUGCCACAGUUAAACUCCUACCGGCUUUGUCAUCUUCGGUCAAUGAUUCUGCCCAUGUAGCGAAGAACACUUGCUUGCUAAGCUCUGUGCAGUCUCAGCAGCCCGAAGUAAAAAGCAAUUCUGUCCCUGGCGUUACAUCACUCUCUUCUACAGUAACUGUCAUGCCUGCUGUUCAGGCACGCAAAAGUAUCACUCACACCACUCAGAGUAAUAAGUCACCAAUCACCGUUACACCGCAAAUGAUUCCGCAUUCAAACUUUGACAAUGCAAAGAACAACAAUCUCCUUUCCUUGCAGUCUACUACUAUAGGGCAAGCUGUUCCUGCGGGAACAAACAUCCGAGUUAAUAUUCCUCAGGCUGCAUUACUCGCCCAGUCAAGUUUGAAUACUCUGAAAUCAGCAACAGGGAGAUCACUAGCUAUUUUGCAGCCUGCAACGUCGAUUGCUAACUCUAAGAAUGUCAUUCUGAAAGUUGUGCCCCAAAAUAUUUUGACAACCACUUCAACCAAUCCGAUCGGUGAACAGUCAUUAAUGGCUGUCACUAACAUGCAAACCUCACCCUUACAACAAACAACCAACUUAGUUUCCAGCAGAACUUUGUCUCAAUCUGAUCUGAAGCAGUUUGCUGCUUUACCCCAACAAAUUUUAACCACAGCCAAUCCAGCCAUUCCCAAAUCAGUUGUUGACCAAAAGCUUGCUGAUGCUGCCAAAGUAGUUUGUAAACAACCUGUAGCUAAUGUUGUAAGCGGUAAGGCCAACCCAGCACCAGUCUUGAAUGUUGGACUGCAGAAUGCAGCUGUUGGAGUUCCAUUAUCUAUGCAAGGACCUGGUGGUCAAAGUAUUUUACUUUUGUCCCCUAAGGAUCAGAACUUACAGCAACAGAAAGCCAUUGGUGUUAUCCCUGUCCAGUCAGAACAAAAUGCAACAGAAAUUGUAAAGAAGUUCACCUCAGUACAACAAAUUUCUUCCCUCUCAACUCCUGCAAUUCAGAUCAUACCAUCUCAGAGCACCAAUUCUGCUGUCACCAAUUUAACUUCAUUACGGGGCCAACUACUUCAAACCACUCAAGGGAACAUUAUCCUAACUACUCCCACCAUCUCUUCUGGUUCCUCGCACCCUGGCACUAUUUCCCAUCUAUUACAGUCAUCUUUAGGAAAACAAACAGUGAUACUAUCGGGGUCGAACAAUGACGGUCAGCCUGCUAGCUACACGGCAGCAACCACACCUAACACAGCCACCACCAUCUCACUACCUGAGAAAAGUUCCUUGAGGAAUUCUUUACCGAAUGUCCAAGCUGUCCAGUUAAAGAGUGACUCUGGCAGCAACACAAUUCCCUUAACAUUAAGUUCUAAUGUGUUGCGAUUGGACGGUGCCACUGUUGCUCAGCCUCACUUCACUACUGCUUCAGCUGGUAACAACUUGAUAACUUUUGGUUUAUCUCCUGUCGGUCUACCAACAAACCUGAUUACAAACUCUGUUGGCACACAACUUCUUAAUGACCCUUCUUCCCUCACUACCAACACUUCUUUAUCAUCAUCGUCAUCAUCAGCAUCAUCAUUACCAACAAUAUCAUCGUCGUUGCUGACGUCUUCUUCAUCAACAUCAUUGCAACAACUUCAGCUUCAGUCACAAUCUCCACAACUUGUGUCAUCAACAUUGAAUCCUCAGUUAGUUUCUGGUCAACAAGCUACUCUGGCUAUUCCUACUGGCAUCAGACCAACUCUCUCAAAUCCUUCAAAGCUGCCAGCUGCUUCUUCGAAACCCGAUGGCUUUCCGUCAGCUGUCAGCCCAGUCAGCGAUCUCUCUCGAGCUGUGCAACAGAGACCACAGUUAGUUCAAAAUGUGUCGUUUGUCAGCAGUAAUGCGAAUCAGCUUUUGACUACAGUGAAGAAUGCACAAGUUCAAAAUAUAGUUCCUGCUGUCAGUAGGGCAUUGACAAACACAACACGAACCACAGACCUCAACAACACCAACAACAACAACAACAACAACAACAUCAACAACAGCAGCAGCAGUCUGACGUCAAAUGUACUUGGUGUAACCCAAGUUACUCUUCCUACAACAGUUCCAUCGUUGGGAACCAGCACCUCGAUGGUAACAGACAUUUCUAAAUUAUCUCCACAGGUUGUCACUAAUUACAUGCGGCCAAACAGUAUACAAACAGCUAAAACAGUAGCACAGACUCCUGUUAAAAACAGACACGUGAUUCUCCAGCAGAAACUAUCCUCUCCUCCAACAUUACAACAAGCACAGAAGUCUGUUGUGUCUCCCCAAAUUCAACAGAAGCAAACAAGCUUUGUCUCCAAUCAACAACCCCAGACCUCAAAUCUCUCCAACAACCUGCUCAAUGUGAACCGGACUUCUUCUUGUUCCGCAGUAGGUGUCCAGCAACUGGUAUUGUACAGCAUUGGUGGCCAGUUGGUAACACCACAGGGAAUCCCAGUCACAUUGGAAAACGGAGUUUUGAAAAUUCUAACUGCUCCACCAGCGGCAGCAACAGCAGCAACUGCAACACCAACAGUGGCAACAGCAGCAGUGACUUCAAAUCAAAUUAUGCUAGUUCAGAGUCCGAAUCCAUCAGUGAUAGGUUCACCCACGACCCAGGCCCAGCUCCGAUGCUCCACCCCAGUGGCGAAUGCCUUGUCUAAGGUUCUGAAACCUUCCCAACCAUUGCCUUCUGCAGCACAAUCCUUUCUCCUCUCCCCUACUUCCAACAUUAGUCCAACAAACUCCAUUGCCUCUUCCUCUCUCUCCAUGCCCACCCAGUUGACCUAUGCCGUCCCUGCUCAGGCCAUUCUGCCAACAGGAACCGACAUACACGGGCAGUAUUUACCUAAACUCAACAGCAACACCACCACUGUUGUUGCUGCUACUACCACCACUACUGCUCCCCCUGCUGCCAUCACCACCACUACUACUACCACAUCAAGCAACACCAACAACAACAGCAACAAUAAUGCUUUAACAUCCAUCACCUUCACUCCUACUCUUACGUCUUCUCUGCCGUCUAUGAUAUCGAAUCCAUGUAAAAUACCCCCUUCGUCAGCCCUAAUACCCAUCUCAGACUCUGUCUCGGGUGCCAAACUGUCUGCAGCCUCUCCAAAUCUCACUGAUAUGUAUUUGAAUAAGAUUUCCUUGCCCGUCUCUUCAGACACCAAAUCUGGAAACACAAUGGUCAUCAUGGCAGCGAACCCUUUGCAGUCGGGCGGCCUGAAGGCCACCAAGCAUUCCAUUUCUGCACAGAGCAGUUGCUCUUCUUCUAAUGGUCAAGCGCUGACCGCCCCCGUGCAAGUGGGCAAUCUGGUCAGUCUUAAUUCCCUGGGCAGGCUCCAUUUCACCACCACCAACACUCUCACAUCUCCGAAUAGCAAGAGCAAAGGUCAGUCGGGGGAGAAAGAAGACUCCUCCUUUGAGGGGGCAGCCAUCUUGCUGAGUUUGGCUCAGCAGGCACCGACUGCUGGCCAGACUGCAGCUGCGGCAGCCGUCUCUUUUAAUCCACAGACCACUAAUAGCUAACGACAUCGGUCAGUUAGGGAUUCUGCCAUUUACCAUUUUAUCACAAAAUAAACUGAGACACACAAAAAAAAAAAAACAUACACACAGGAAAAAAAAAAAACAAAAAGGAAAAAAAAAAUUGU